AUGUCUACCAACGGAGAUCACGAGAUGGCUGAUGCUGUUGCCGGUGCUGAUAUUGGAAGUGCUGAGAUUGAGAUCGUUGAGCCACAGCGUAUCAGAGUCCUACCUGGAUCUACCGACACUGCUGCUUCAUUCGAAUUCACAAAGGAGGACCACACUCUGGGCAAUGCUUUGCGAUACAUUAUCAUGAAGAACCCUGACGUCGAGUUCUGUGGUUACUCAAUACCGCACCCUUCGGAAGCAAAGAUGAACUUGCGCAUCCAGACUUGGGACGAAGUCAAUGUCUAUGAUGUCCUCGAGAAGGGCCUCAACGAUCUAAUGGACCUCUGCGAUGUGGUGGUUGACAAGUUCACCGUAUCAAGAGACGCCUUCAACGCCAGCAAGACGUCGUAA